GUGUGAUAGUUGUACCGACGGCAGGUAGCAGCCAGCUCUCCUUCACCUCACCACGAAUCACUACACUGACCAGGUAGACAGUGGACGUGUCGGAGUUAUCACCACCACACGCCUGCAGGCUGUAGAGUAUCACCAUGUCGAUGCUGAAAGUGACCUCCCUUCGAUGGACCGUGUUCUUCCUCAAUGGGGUGUUGGUAUGCCUCUCCGUAGUGUCAGUGAUCUUGGGUGCCCUCAGCAUCAUCAGCUGUGCUCAAGAGACUUUUCUGGACUACUGGCUUCUAGUAUUAGGUAUAACUACCCUGGGGUUCGUGGUGAGUUUUGUCGUGUGGCGCAUCACUCCCUCCUGUGGCCGACUCAUUAGUGGUACCAAACACCUCAUGAUCUUCCUUCUCAUCAUCAACGCCGGCUGGCUUAUCCUAGGUAACGUCGCGGUGACCUUAUCCAAUCUAGAAUGUCAAGGAAUCGACGUCAUCGACUUUUACGAUACUGACUGCUCGUCCUCCCUCUUGCCUUACUCUCUGGCCAUCGUCGUCAUAUUUGAUAUCUUCUACACCAUUCUCUUCGUGACACUGUGCCUGAAUUAUGGCGGCUGCUGUGACUUUGAGCCCUCCGUAUUCAACAUCAAGAAAGUGAGUAUCAAGAUCUGGUGGGUCUAUAUACUAGUCUUGAUUUUCUACGGAGUGUUGUCAGUUGCUAGUAUAAUCGUGGGCUCCAUCUACCUUCGUCCUUGUUACGACGAAGACAAAAUUCCUCUCUGGAUCAUUAUUCACGGUGCUCUGACGUUGUUGUCUCUGUUGCUGAUAGCGUUCAAACUAAAAGGAUACAACUAUCUACAAGCCUCCUGGGUCCAGCCGACUUUCAUGCUCGUGCUGCCACUCUUCACCGUUGUCUCCGUCAAGAUAAUCUCCCUCGCUUUUGGUAACUUGUGGCUGUACAGGGUCGGCGAUGAUUCCUGCUCAGAUUACCACAACGUCUGUGAUGAAACUCUAUACACCUUCACUAUCGUCGCCAUUAUCCUCUUCGAUCUGCCAGUCGUUGUGCUCUUCUACGUGUCUCUUGCUAUGAUUAUCCUGAUGGCGUUCUUGUUCAACCUCACCUGUUGCUACUACUGGUGUGAUGGUGACGAGGUGGAGGAGGAUCUUGUAGAAAAGGAGGCUGAGUGUAGGAUGUCUGGGUAGAUGUGUGGUGGUGAUGGUGUUGUGUGACGCAGUGUUGAUAGUGGGACGCGUUGUGUGACGUUUGUGGUGGCAGUUUGACGUAGUAAUGACAGUGGUGGUGAAGGUGUGGUUUUGUCUGACGUAAGUAAUGGUGGUGGUGAUUUUGUUUAUAGUGAUGGUG